GAAGCAGUGAAGGUAUAUAAUCAUGGUAUUGUCUGUCUGACUCCCACAAUUUUCUGAAAGGCAACAAAGGAGUUACACUGGGGCUUAUUCAAAACAACAGAAAUGAUUGCCUUAAUUGCCUUUCUAAGUUUUGCUGCAGUGCUGCAACAAUCUUCUGGAACUGUUGAUUUUGCUUCUGAGUCAACUAACAAAAGAGAAAAACAAAAGGAGAUUCUUGACAAGUACAAUGCUUUACGGAGAUCAGUGAGACCAACUGCUAGAAACAUGCUACAAAUGGAAUGGAGUUUUAAUGCUGCUCAAAAUGCAAAACGUUGGGCAGACAGAUGUUCUUUUGGUCAUAGUCAACCACACUUAAGAACUGUGGGAAAAUUAAAAUGUGGUGAAAAUCUAUUCAUGUCGAGUCAUCCUUUCCCAUGGACUAGAGUAAUUCAGUCUUGGUUUGAUGAAAACAAAAAUUUCAAGUAUGACGUUGGAGCCAACCCACCAAAUGCUGUUAUAGGCCAUUAUACUCAGGUAGUUUGGUACAAAAGUUACCUUGUUGGUUGUGCUGCUGCCAGAUGUCCUUCAUCCUCAUACAACUACUUCUAUGUUUGUCACUAUUGCCCAGCAGGAAACAUCAGAGGUAAAAUUGCUACUCCAUAUAAAUCCGGGCCACCUUGUGGGGACUGUCCUUCGGCUUGUGUCAACGGACUAUGCACAAAUCCUUGCAAACAUGAAGAUGUGUACUCGAACUGCAAUCAUUUAGUGAAUAAACAUAGCUGCCAGAAUAAUAAUAAUAUAAAGUCCAUUUGCCCUGCUUCUUGCUUCUGCCACAAUGAAAUAAAAUAGUGGAUCUCUCAUUCAAUAUUUGUUAUCACUGCCUGAAAAAUCUAACUUCCUAUUAAAAUCAUGGUAUCUUCUAGUAUCAGGAAAUUCUUACUUGACAUUUGAUUUCAUAUACUUUGCAUGAAUAUCCUAUGAAUGCCUAAGAGAAAUGUGAUCAGGAAUAGAGGCUAGGGAUGAAAACUGUAAGUUCAAAUGGUCACAGGAAAAAUCACAAGUAUACUGUAUGUAGCAUCAAAAAGGGUUGAUUAAAAGAAAAUACUGAAGGCCUGAAAAUAACAUCACCAAAAUUCUUUGCACUCCAACUACACCACAAGGAUUUCUUAAAUGCUUGUACUAAAUCUAACCUAGAACUGAUUAGAUGCCAUUCAUGCAAAGUAUAUGCCAGGUUUUUGUGUUUUCAAUGUUUUAAUAGGUUAUUGUUCAUAAUUUGAUAUGAUUUUACAUGAUUUUUAAUUUCUGAUUGGGAGCUGCCCAGAAUUGGUUGGAAGAUGGGCAGUUUUAUAAAUGUUUUAAAUAAAUAAAUUCUGUGCAAGAGCAAAAUGCUCAA